AUGCAGUUCACACUCGCCACCUUCACCGCUCUCCUGAGCCUCACUUCCGCCGCCGCAGUAACAAAGCGCUAUCCCGCCACUCUCGUCGAGCGCCAAAGCGGCAUCUGCGGUGCGCUCGCCACACCACUUUGCUGCCAAACCGAUGUCCUUGGUGUCGCCAACUUGAACUGCGCAAACGCGGGCGCUGGUAUCAAGACCACCGAGGACUUCCUGGCUGUGUGCGCCAAGGAUGGAACGACAGCUCAGUGCUGCGUUUUGCCGCUUGGGGCUGAUGGACUGCUUUGCACUGCUGCUUAG